AUGGAGACCCGGAGCUCAACUGAACUUUGUUUCCCGCAACUUCUCAACAACUCCUGCAAGAAGCCGGAGCGUCUCUGGUCUGAAGCUGUAAUCCUGGACAUGGUGCUGCUCGUCUCUCUACUGACCGUCACUCUCAACCUGCUGAUCAUCAUCUCAAUCUCUCACUUCAGGCAGCUCCACACACCCACUAACAUCCUCCUCCUCUCUCUGGCUGUGUCAGACUUCCUUGUCGGUCUCCUGUUGAUGCCUCUGGAAGUCCUCCGAAACAAAGCAUGCUGGUUCCUCGGAGAUGCUCUGUGUGUUCUGUACAGUUACUUGGUUGCUCACGUUGUCUCCGCUUCCAUCGGAAAUAUCAUCCUCAUAUCGGUUGAUCGCUAUGUUGCCAUUUGUGAUCCCAUGCAUUACCCCACCAGGAUGUCCGCGGCCAGAGUGAAAUGCUGCGUUUGUGGGUGUUGGUUCUGGUAUGCGCUCUACAGCGUUUUGUAUUUGAAGGACGAGCUGAGGAGGCCGGGCAGCAGUAACUCUUGUUCCGGAGAGUGCAUGGUUUUUAUCAACUAUGCCGUGGCCACCGUCGAUCUGGUUCUGAAUUUUAUAAUCCCGGUUACCAUCAUCGUAGUGCUGUACACCAGAGUGUUUGCGGUGGCCGUGUCUCAGGCCCGCGCCAUGCGUUCUCACGUUGCAGCCGCCAGACUGCAGCUCCGCGGGGAGAGAAAGGAGCGAAGGGCCAAAGCGUCGGAGCUGAAAGCGGCCAGGACGCUGGGUAUCCUCGUCUUUGUGUAUCUGAUGUGCUACUGUCCGUUUUAUUGCUACACUCUUGUUGAGGUCAGUUUGACGACCACUUCUCCCACGCCUUAUUUGUUCUUUCUCUUUUAUUUUAACUCGUGCUUGAACCCUGUGAUCUACUCCCUGUUCUACCCCUGGUUCAGGAAAGCAGUGAAGGUCAUCGUCACUCUGCAGAUACUGCAGCCUGGCUCCUGUGAGGCCAGCAUGCUGUAG